AUGGGUUCUUUGGCUCCUGUAGUGGAGAUGCAACAAAGCUUUCGAAGUAAAGCCAUGGAGGAGCAACAGAGUCUCAGAUGCGUUGGUGCAGAGAAUCAAGCAAGAAAGGUUAGAGCUUUUGAGAAGCAAGUUAGUUUCCAAUCAGGGAACGGAGAGAAACAUGGAAUCCAAGGAAAAGCAAUGGCGAAACAAGAGAGUACUGAUGGAGUUACAGAGAAGCUCCCAAUGGCAGUGGAGAGACAGAGAAGCUUGUGUGGAUUUGUAGAGAAGCAGAAAAGCUUUCGAGUAGUAAUGGAGAGACAGUUGAGUUUCAUGAAUGGUGGUGGUAGUGAGAGGAAGAAUAAGAACGAGUCACCUGGUAAAAGAAGAGACUCUCCUCUUCAUGUCGGAGCUCGAACUGGGAAUUUGGGAAAAGUUAAAGAGAUGAUUCGUGGUUGUUGUAACAGUACUGAGGAGUUGAAGCAGUUAAUGUCAAAGCAGAAUCUUGAAGGAGAGACUCCUCUUUACACUGCAGCAGAAAAUGGGCAUUCCUUAGUUGUUGAAGAGAUGUUGAAGCAUAUGGACCUUGAAACCGCAUCCAUUGCAGCUAGGAACGGUUUUGAUCCUUUCCAUGUCGCAGCAAAACAAGGCCAUCUCGAGGUGUUAAAGAAACUCUUGGAGGCAUUUCCGAAUCUGGCCAUGACAACAGAUUUGUUGUGUACAACUGCAUUGCACACGGCUGCUACACAAGGACACAUUGAUGUGGUGAAUCUUCUUCUUGAAACGAACUCACAUUUAGCAAAGAUAGCUAAGAACAAUGGUAAGACCGCGCUUCAUUCUGCAGCGCGGAUGGGGCAUGUCGAAGUUGUCAAGUCUUUGAUUGGUAACGAUGCAAGCAUCGGUUUUAGAACCGAUAAGAAGGGACAAACAGCGCUUCACAUGGCUGUCAAAGGUCAAAACGAAGGGAUCGUUCUUGAGUUGGUGAAACCUGAUCCUGCUGUUUUGAGUGUUGAGAAUAAUAAAGGGAACACGCCAUUGCACGUUGCCACAAUCAAAGGCCGUACUAAGGUAGCAGUCGCAUCAUCGUUGUUGAUUUUCACUCUCGAGUUCCUCAAUCUACAUGAAUGCUUCUUUGCCUUCUGCUUGCAGAUAGUGCGAUGUUUGGUAUCAUUUGCUGGAAUCAACCUCAAUGCAAUGAACAAGGUUGGAGACACUGCACUUGAUAUAGCUGAGAAGAUUGGAAACGCAGAGCUUGUGUCGGUUUUGAAGGAAGCAGGAGCUGCCACAGGUAAAGAUCUUGGGAAGCCUCAGAAUCCAGCUAAACAACUUAAGCAAACGGUGAGCGACAUUAGACAUGAGGUACAAUCUCAGCUCCAACAGUCUCGCCAAACGGGUGCUAGGAUUCAGAGAAUCGCUAAGAGACUGAAGAAACUUCACAUAAACGGUCUGAACAACGCUAUAAACUCUGCAACCGUUGUUGCAGUCCUAAUCGCAACAGUAGCGUUUGCAGCAAUCUUCACCAUACCUGGCCAAUAUGAAGAGGACAGAGCAAAAGGAACGUUGUUGCUAGGACAAGCUCGGAUAGCCAACAGAGCUCCGUUCUUGGUCUUCUUCAUAUUUGAUAGCUUGGCGCUGUUCAUAUCACUGGCUGUUGUUGUGGUGCAGACUUCAGUUGUGGUGAUCGAGCAGAAGGCAAAGAAGAAGCUUGUGUUUGUGAUCAACAAGCUUAUGUGGCUGGCUUGUUUGUUUAUAUCCAUUGCCUUUGUCUCUCUUUCGUUUGUCGUUGUGGGCAAGGAGGAUAUUUGGCUGGCGAUAUGUGAAACGGUUAUUGGCGGGACGAUAAUGCUAACCACGAUAGGUGCAAUGUGUUACUGUGUGGUCAUGCAUAGGAUUGAGGAAUCUAAACUGAAAAGCAUGAGGAAAGAGAGAAGCAAGUCGAGAUCUUUCUCACUCUCUCGUAUGCCUUCAGAGUCAGAGAUUCUCAAAAGCGAAUUCAACAAGAGAAUGUAUGCACUCUGA